GUUGGUGGCGGUAGCGUCGAGGAUAACUCGUUCGAGAAACAUGUUCGAAAACACGACGGGAGGAUGUGGAUGGAUGCAAAUAUCGUUGUGAUUGCGGUGUGCCGCGGUGGUUGCCGAGGUAACGUCGCAUAAGAUGAGCCGGCAUGUCCAAUUCGGCGCGAUUUCUUAGCGGACUGCUCGUCCUGCUACCGGCUAUUGCGCUGUGCGAUGGCGCGGACACGUACGAGGUCGACUGCAAUAACCUGCGGAUGGGACAGUACAUGUGUCCCCAUCCGGAUUACGAUUUCAUAGAUCCGAAGACGCAGCAACCGCGCGGCUGCACCAAGGAGAACAAGGCCAAAGUGCUAUGUCUAGCUGCUGAUGGCCUUAUCUGUACAGAGACCAAAAAUAAUACGUUCAAGAAGGAUAUCCCUUGCAAAUGGACAAAUGGAUAUUCCUUUGAAACUUCAUUAUUGCUGUCGAUAUUCCUGGGUAUGUUUGGCGUGGAUCGAUUUUACCUUGGAUAUCCCGCCCUAGGUUUACUCAAGCUAAGCACAUUGGGGUUUCUCUUUCUUGGUCAGUUUGCCGAUGUGAUACUGAUAGCCACUCAAAUCGUAGGACCAGCAGAUGGUUCGCACUACGUGAUGCCAUAUUAUGGUGCCGGAAUCAACAUCGUGAGGAGUAACAAUUUUACAUACAGAGUGCCACAAUACGACUGCUGAGAGAAAACAGCAUGUCAGACAUACAAGUGCUGAUUUCUCCAUAAAAAAGAAAAUUGUAUAGCUUCUGCUUCUAUCGCGAGCAACGAUGUAUAUUCCUAGAAUGGAGUCCUACUUCGUUAUAUACAUUUCAGUGUAAAUUAAUCUAUUCUAUUCUAAUAAUAGGGUAAUAACUCAAACGCAUUAAUUUGUAGAUAUAUCUUUCAACGAAGAAACUGUAUAUAAGGAUUUAUAUUAUACUGAUUUACGUAUUGCCAGCUGUUAAAUAAUAAAAAACAUUUUUUUAU